AUGAACGCCAUCAUAAACAGAGCCCGGCCUCCUCCAGAUGCCUCACGCAAGCGCAAGAUGGAGAUGGACCAAGGCUUCGUAGAGGUGGACUUCCAGCCAGGAGAGUUUCCCAUGGGGCUUGUCGUCGACUGGUCCAUGGCUCUCCCAGUUCUUUCUGGAGUUGUGCCAGGAAUGCUAGGUCUCUGCUGUUCGAAGCCCGUGGCCUAUUUGUUCUCAUCUGCAGACGUCUUGUUGGAGAUCUGUUUGGUGGGCUGUUUCGUGCUCUCAGCUGGUCCUAGAGACCCGGUGGACCAUCGGAUGAAGAGGCUCCUUCCAGGGAGCAAGUGGCUGGCCGCCGCCGCGGCUGCUGCUCUUGCCUGCCAAGGCCCAUGUUGGCUUUCAAGCUCCAGCUCCUCAGCCAGCGUCAAGGCGAGUUCUUUGGAAACCCUGUCGCACUGGCCGAGAACGAGGAGCAGGGUUCGUCGCCGUGGCGUGGUCAAGGUUGAUGUGGAGCUUCCUCACAUGCAGCUUCCGAAGGACUCGACGUUCGAGGACAGCCUCAAGCUUGAGGGGGCCGACAGGUCGCCAGGUCCGAUCCCUCCGGAGCUGCAGAGGAUACAUCGAUCCGCUGUGGGGAAGAUUCUUCAAGGAUUGAGGCUGAGCCUUCGCCGGCUCACGGCGAUUUUGCCUACAGGGCUAGGAGACGGUGCAGUCGGAGCACGGGUGGUCAAGGAGCACUGGUCCAAGGUGACUAUGCGGCCUUUUCGCGUGCUUGUGCUGGCGCCAUCGGACAUGGUGCAAGAAACCGAAGCGAGGUACAAGGCUAUAGCAGGAGAAGGUCUCUUCGUGAUGCGUAUGGAGCCCGGCGCAGACGGAACCGACAAGCUCGUGCAGGCCAUGUCCCAGUGUUCCGGAUUGGUGAUGGUAGGCGGUUACUCCGAUGUCAUGCACUUUGUCAGGGCGCAUCGCCGAAGCCGCGCACAGCUACUGAACUUGCUCGUCUGCGAGAUGGCACAUGCUGCGCUGGGUGCCGACAAGGAUGCCGAGAAAGUCGUCAUGAACUGGGAGAAGGCAUUUCGAGUGAAGGUGCUGCAGUCUGUCUUUCUUUCGGCCCAGUCUCUAGAGCCCGAGCCAAUCAGGGGACUGGAGGAAGCAACGAUGGACGUGCCCGGAGUGCCGACGUACAAGGUGGUGGCCCGCCCUGGCGGACCCAGUGGACCAGAAGUCUACUGCGUAUCGACAGAACAGGCAAAGAGGCUGGGACUUACCGUUCCCCUGAAGCUGGUGGCGCUGCCAGCGUCGGGAGAUGGCUUGGUGCAGGGCUUGGCGGAGCUCAGUGCAUGGGGCAUCCGCGAAGUCGAGGCAAUUCCAGCAGCCGCUGGUGGCGGAUCGGCCGAAGCCGUGGAGUACCUGAAUACCGAGGUGCGAAAGCUGGUUGGCGAUGCUAUCCAGGUGCAAGCGCGGAAUGGAGAGGACACACCUGAUGCCCUUCUGGUUGCUGGGAAUGAGCUUGACGCAUCCUACUUGCUGCAGGCUCUGGGGCGCUUGUCCUUCAAAGCCCGCAAGAAGUCGGCAGGGUACAUUUUGGUCCUCGGCGGAUCUGGAUCUGCCCCUGCCGCAGCUUGGCGAGCAUUGUCGCAGCACGAUUCUCGGAUCCAGGAUGCAUUGCGGCGUGCGGCUGUUGCACGUGGCCGCCUUGGAAGACCGCUGAUGUGGAAAGACUUGCCGACUGCACUUCGAGAUGUUUUGGAGAUUGCUGACAAGACAGUGGCGAAGGUGAGCUUGCUGAAGGUAGUGAAUGAAGCUGUGACAUCGGCCGCAGACAGCUGGGACCUGAUGUUCGGGCAUUUGAUGGCCUACAAGGAGUCCAUGAAGGAGCCUGUGAGCCUGCAUGUGCCAGUCAAUGCCACAGUCCAUGGCGAGCCAGUAGGCCGAUGGGUGGCUCAGCAGUUUCUGGAGUGGCGGUCUGGAACGCUCAGCGACCAAAGGAAGGAGCUUCUGAUGCAGCGUGGCCUCGAUGUGAAUCAGGAGGAUGUCAGAAGUUUCGCGGAGGGGCUGGCUGCGUUCGAGAAGCACGUCGAGGACAACAACGGGGAUCCUUACGUUCCCCGUGGUCACUUCACGGAAAACGGAUUUGCAUUAGGGGCUUGGGCGACCAAGCAGUUAGCUGGCGACCUGGACAGUCAUGCGCAGCACAAGAUGUCCGGCUGUGGGAGACAAAGUUUUCGCCAGCAGCGCAUCCUGAAAGUCGGGAAGCGCGAGAGGCAGGCGCUCCAAGCACUCGUGCAGCUUCCGACCGGCCUUGUCCGGCCUCUGCUCAUAGAACAUUUAGAGCUGCCCUUGGCCCUUCCGAGCUUAGUGAAAAGGCACGAUGAGUUGAAGUUGGUGGAUGACGACUUCGAUGCGGACGUGUGCCAUCAUCCAGCAGGUCGAGUGCAACAACGACGUUGCACUUGGAAAAUCGUCAACACGGUGGCGGUGCUGGUCCUCUGCACUCUGCUCGUGGCCACCAUUGCAGCCGCGGCACUUUUGUGGCUGCCGCAGCUCUCGUACGACUUCGGCGGGCAGGCGCUGCCAGCGGUGGCCAGCUGCUUCAUCAGGCCGACCUUCAGCCUGGCCGAGCUGGACAUCCACCGAAACAUUCGCUAUGGCGGCGCAAUGAAUCCUUUUGCAGGUAGAUUCACCGAUCUAUACCUCGACCUCUACACUCCGGGACGGCUUGACACGAGGCAUGUUCGCCCGGCAGUUGUACUGCUGCAUGGUGGGUACUUCACUUCAGGAAGGCGGGAUGGUGAUUCCAUUCCACAACUAGCCAUGCUGCUGGCGCAGCGCGGAUAUGUGGUAGCAAGCAUCGACUAUCGGCAAAUACCGGUCAGCCAGAUUUCCAUGGAUUUGGUUACGAAGACUCCGGACAAAGCCAUACGCAUCGUUUCAAUGGUGCAGGAGGAUGCGCGUGCGGCUGUGCGGUUCUUGCACAAGAUGGCGCAGGACUGGCGAAUCGACGUGAAUCGCAUCGUUCUGGGAGGUGAUUCUGCUGGUGCCAUAGCAGCCCUCUACUAUGCGUACGUCCAUGGCGCUUCGGAGGGCCACAGUGGCAACGAGGGAUAUCCCUCCAACAUCAGCGCAGUCAUGGCCAUCAGCGGGACCUUAAGGGGUGAAGCGUACUGCAGCUAUGUUGAUGACAAUAUGAAAGCGCAGAAAUGCCUCAUCACUGCUCCGCCAGCUCCCGAUUUCGUGAAAGAGAUUUCAGCUGGAGAUGUACCCCUGCUGCUGUGGCAUGGACGGCAGGACAGAGUCAUUCCGGUCUCGAACGCGGUUGCGAAUCUGGAACAGGCCCAGGCCGUGGGCGUCCUCAGCCUGCUCUUGGUGAUCCCUGAUGGUGGACACGUUCCGAUGAGCCAAGGUCUGGAUCCUUUUGGUCCAUAUCUACCUCGCUGGCUGGCAUUCCUGGCAGGUGCAUUGAAGCUCUCAGAUGCAGAGUGCCGGCCCGACAAGAGGGCCCAUACUCACACACUGAGCACCCAGAGAGACGAUCAAUCGGUUAAGCAAUGCAUUUUUCAUGCCGCACGACAAUGUGAGUGGUUUCUGGACCCGCCUCCGCCGCCGCCGGCUUCGAUUGACGGAGAUCCCCUUGGCUUCGACUUACUCCCAGGGGUGCUGAGGGACCCCGAGGAAGAGGAGGGCCGAAGAGCCUCCUUUGCCUUCGCAGUUCGAAGUGAAAGUUCCCAUCGCCUGGCAAAGAAGUCGAAAGGCCCAGGGUGGGCACCCGAGGCUGCCUUGGACAUCGCGCCCGGCGAGUACGGCCUCGUGGAUCACCUCUCCGCCAACGCAAAGCUUGGUGAGAAGAAAGUCACAAACUACACUUGGACGAAGCGAAAGCCGAACUCGUCCAACUCGCAGCGAAGCAAGGCCGGGCAGGUGACCACGGCGCCGACCGACGAUCUGCUUCGCACGAAAAUGGCACCUGCUGUUCGAGUCGAAUUCUUCGAGGAGCAUCCCGAGCGCUCGCCGCUGUCUCGAUUCGGUGACCUGAACAUCAUGAAUCCGAAUCCAUUCUCAGGCGAGGCCAAAUACCGGAUGGCUCAGACCACAUCAUCGCCGGCGCUGCUUCAGGGCAAGCCUCACCUUCCGCAGCUUCCUCAAGCAUCGCUGACCCUGCAGCCGGCUAGUGGCAAGAAGGAAGCUUCGCGAAGAGGCCCGGCUUGGGGAUCGUGGCUUCGAUCAGGUGCGACACGAGACAAGACCAAGCUUUUGGCGACUUCCUUUUCAGGCUGGCAGUUUCCUUCAAACGUCCAUCCAGACAGGUUCUACGAAUCACUCCUCGACGAAGAGAAGCCGAAGUACGGAGCUGGCGCGCCCGCACACUGGCCUCUGGGGCACGAGAUGGAGUACGAGUGCCGUUUGGAUGACAUGGUGCUAUGCAGCAAAGUGCGUGAUGCUUAUGAGGUCGGCUUCCGAGGGAAGAAGCGGGACAAGCCGACGGCCACAGAGCAGCUGUUGGGAGGAACAGGCGACUCGAUGAGGAUCCGACGAAUCGCCAAAGUGGAGCAGGUGAGCUGCGACAACUGCGGCAUGAACUUGGCAGAUGCUGACAAGCCGGAUGGACGCUUCUUCUACUACUGCCGCCGCUGUAAGCGAAGCGGAAGAAGGUUCGAGCUUUGUAUUCAGUGCCAUGUGCUGGAAAUUCUUCAAGGUGAAGGUAAGUACUCUGGUGACGGCUUUCAUCCUCAUUAUCUGAAAUGCCAGCAUCGUAUGUUGAUUCGAAGGCAAAGCCUGGAAAAUGCCUAUCCGAGCUCUCCGCAUCUGCACCGGGUUCUUUGUGAUCUGUGCGGAAUCGUUGUCGUCGGCAGAGGUGCUUCAGACAACGCUCGCGACAAGGACCAAGGAUCAUUGAAAAAGGCUCAAGAGCUGAAACAGGAUCCUGGUAAGAAAGCCUACAUCAUGUCCAAUGAGUUCUACGCUUGUCCUCAGUGUCCUGAGCAAACCGGGCUUCGCUUCGAGCUCUGUGUGCCCUGUGCCACCAAGCUCACCGAGCGAGGUCGUGGCAUGCUGCGGCUAGAGACGACCCUCUGA